CUCAACUUUUUCUUCCCCCUCAUGGAUUUCCUCCGCGCUUGUCUCCUGUGCUCAGCUCUGCUCUGCCUCGCCAAGGCUUUUACGCAUCAGGAUAUGAAGGACGCGCUGCUGGAGAAACUGGGCUUGGAUGAAGUUCCUAAGAUCCAAAAAAGGGAUUUGGAGAACCUGGUGGUUCCGGCGCACAUCAGAAACAAGUACAUGUCCAUGCUGAAGAUGCACCACAGCAGGAGACGCAGAUCUCUGCCCAGCUUAGCGGGCAUCCUGAGGGGAAUCCCCGGCAAUGCAGACAUUUCUGGGGAGUACGUUUACUCUGACUCCGCCCGGUACCGCAUGGUGUUCGACAUGGAGGCGAGGAUCCCGGAUAACAGCGAGGUGACCAUGGCGGAGCUGAAGCUCUACCAGCGCGCCAACCAUCACAAGCGCUUCACUGUGGAGAGGAAGAACCACCGCGCCGUCAGCAACGCGCGGGUCAGCAUCUACUGGGUGGAGGUGUUACCCAACGGAUCCAACCGGACAUCGCUAGUAGACUCAAGGCUGAUCCCCAUUCAUGAGAGCGGCUGGAAGAGCUUUGAUGUGACUCAGGCGGUGCACUAUUGGUCCAAGACGCAGCAGAAGACACCUAUGCACCUGGAGGUGUGGAUCGAGGGCGAGAGACCUGGCAGCUACGCGGCAGAGUUGGCCAGGAGUGUCCACUUUACCACCCAGGAGCAGACGGACAACACCUUGGGGAAGCCUGAGCUCAUCCUCUACACACUCAACCUCGAAGAAUACGGUUCUAGUGGCGACUGCGACGUCAGCCAGAGCAAAGGCACCUGCUGCAGAGAGCAGUACUACAUCGACUUCCGCGCGCUCACAUGGACGCAGUACUGGAUCAUCGAGCCCGCGGGCUACCAGGCCUUCAAGUGCACGGGAGGCUGCAAGCAGCCGAAGCGCAACUACGGCUACGGCGAGCGGCGGUGCACGGUGUCCGAGAGCGCCCCCCUGCCCAUCAUGUACCUGGUGAAGAAAGGCGACUACACCGAGAUAGAAGUGGCCGAGUUCCCCAAUAUGAUCGUAGAACGGUGCGCGUGCACAAUGGACAACGUGUCUGUGGUAUGAGGACACGGGGAGCAGCUGUAGUGAUCGGUUUC